AUGAUGUUUGCUCCACUCGAUAAAUCCUCGGUGAAGUUGGGCAUGCGAGUGCAGAACCGCGCCGGCCUUACUGGUACUGUAAGAUGGAUUGGCAAUAUAGAUAAGAAGCAAAAUCCACUUGGUGUGAAAGGAACCUACGUCGGGGUCGAGUUUGAUGAGCCUACACUGUCGCCAGACCGCCAUGAUGGGUCCUGGGGAAAACAGCGCUACUUUACAUGUUCCCCUGGAAGAGGUGAGCUUUUAAAACCCAAAGCGAUUUACCCAGAGGCAAACCCCAAAUCUGUCGCGAUCCUUCGGCAACGCUAUGGAGACAAGGUUGCAGAUUGGCAUGACUUUGAACUGGUAAAGUUUUCCAUCGCUCGCAAUUUUGAAAUGACUGCAGUAUAUACUAUGCUUGAGAAUCACUUUGAGUGGGUAGCAAGUUUUAAACCAUCCUGUGAUGAGUACUUUCCAGAUUCCAUGUGUGAGGAUUACCCGUGUGGUUACAGCGGUGCAGUCGACUAUGAUAAUAACAUUAUAUAUUGUGAGCGUCCUGGUAAUGCAGGGAAAUGUACACCUGCUGCAUAUAUGGAGCGCUACUCACAUGCUGUUAUGACGCGUUGGCACGCUUGUGUCAUGGAAAUUGGGAAAAAGUUAAUGAGGGAAAACAAUUACAAAUUUAAACGUGUCUGUUACGUUGUUGAUCUUUCUAAUGUUGGAUUGACUAUGAACCGAUCUCUUAUUGCGUUCGGGCGAACAAUAGCGGCACUCGACCAGGCGAAUUAUCCAGAACACUUGGGGCGAUUGUUACUUGUGAACUGUCCGAAAUUUUUCCGUAUGCUAUGGAAGGUGUUUCGUAUGUUUAUUGAUUCUGAAACCGAUAAAAAAGUUAUUUUUGUGCCGCCUGGUGAUGGGGUGAAUGUGUUAAAGCGCUAUAUGCGCGAGGAAGACAUUCCUGAUUUUGCCGGGGGACCCAGUAAGGCAUGGCGGUCUAACAAUUGCCGCAUUGGAUCAGCCGAUCCUCUCAAGGUAUUCAAAGGAGUGACAACCAUACCAAGCGUCACGUCAGAUGAUCUGCUUGAGGGUUUUGAGGAGCCGGAUGAAGAGGGUCUUCCGCAGGAAGAUAAAAGGAACAACAGUUGCGGUGGUGUGGGCUCCUCCGGAUAUACUUCGGAAAGCAGCAGAAUGAGUGCUUCACACCAUUGA